CCCUUUCCAUACCAGGGUAACUGGUUGGUUCCUCCAUCAAUAAACUUUUUCCAUCUUCGCUUUCCCAAACCUAUCACCUGAUCAUUCAGGUGAUAGAUUAGAAUUUCCUAACGAAAGUAAAGAAAAAAAAUAUAUAAUAGUAAAAAUAAUAAUUAAAAAAAAUGGGUGCGGCCAAGAUUGCGGUUCCUAUAGUGUCACUUCUACUAGUGGUAGGAGUAGUGAUCGGUGUAAUUGUAGUGAUAAAAAGCAACGGUGGCGAAGCCGAAGAGGCGAAGAAUCUGAAGACGCCGUCGAUGAAAAUGGUCAACUCCAUUUGUGGGCCGACGGAUUUCAAGGAAGCAUGCACUGCUACCUUGGAAUCCGUCGCUAAAAACGCCUCCUCCACCCCCAGCGAUUAUAUUCGCGCGGUGGUGGAGGCGGCCCUCAAGGAGGUCAACAAUGCAUUGUUGGCCACCAACAAGGUCAACGUUGACAAGUCCAAGGACGAGUACGACCACGUCGCAGUGGAGGACUGCAAGCAUCUCCUCGACUACGCCGUGGACAUGCUGCAGGGCUCCAUCGCGGCGGUGAAGGCUGCCGACCUGGCCGGUCUCCGGGAGCAGCAGCACGAGCUGCUGAGCUGGAUGACGGCCGUCUACGCCUUCCAGACGACCUGCACCGACCAGAUCAAGAGCCCCGAGUACAAGUCUGCCGUGGAGAGCGGGAUGCUCAACGCCACCCAGCUCACCCACAACGCGGUCAACAUCGUUGCGGAGCUCACCGAGAUGCUGAAGCUCUUCGACGUGAAGCUCCCCACGAGCAAGCAGGCGACGCUGUCCCAGCGCCGCCUGCUUGCUUUGGACGACGGGUUUCCGUACUGGUUCGGUGCCGGUGAUAGGAGGCUAUUGGCCAAGCAAGCGGCUGGGCAGCUGGUGCCGGAUGUCGUCGUGGCCAAGGACGGAAGCGGGAAGUUUAAGACCAUCAAAGAUGCGAUAAACUCUUACCCGCCCAAAUUCAACGGGAGAUUCGUGAUCUACGUUAAGGCCGGUGUCUACGACGAGCAAGUCAUCGUUGAUAAGAAGAAGCCUAACAUCUUCAUCUAUGGAGAUGGCAUUGCCAAAACAAUCGUCACCGGAAGAAGGAACUACGCCAAAAUGAACAUCGGUACCAUGCACACCGCCACCUUUGCAAACGAAGCUCCCGGAUUCAUUGCGCGGGGGAUGACCUUCCGCAACGAAGCCGGUCCCGAGGGCCAUCAGGCGGUGGCCUUCCGGUCCCAGGGCGACAAGACGGCGAUGUUCGACUGCAGCUUCGAGGCCUCUCAAGACACACUCUACUACCAAAAUCUGAAGCAGUUCUACCGCAACUGCCGCAUCUACGGCACGGUCGACUUCAUCUUUGGCAAGGGCGACUGCGUGAUCCAAGACAGCCAGAUCAUCGUGCGAAAGCCCCUGCCAAACCAGUUCAACACCGUGACCGCAGACGGCAGGGAGAUCCAGCGCGGUAGCAACGGCCUCGUCCUGCACCACUGCUCCAUCGUCCCCGACGACUACCUGUGGCCGGUGAGGUUCGAGAUCCCGACGUUCCUAGGGCGGCCGUGGAAGCCGGAGGCGCUGACGGUGGUGAUGCAGAGCACCCUGGGGGACUUUAUCAGGCCCGAGGGGUGGAAGAUUUGGGAUGGAUCCACCAAUCACAAGACAUGCCUUAUGUAUGAGUAUGGAAACAGCGGUCCCGGGGCGAAGACGAAUGGCAGGAACAAGGAUUUCUCGGGUUUCAAGGUGAUCAGCGCGGCUGAGGCGGCGAAGUUCGCACCCGGACAGUUCCUUCAUGCCAAUGAGUGGCUGCCGCAGACCGGUGUGCCUGUGCAAAUGGGGCUGUAUUGAUUAGUUUGGUUGGAUUGGCCUUAAGUUAACUACGCUCACUAUGUAACAUCGAUGACACUAUUGGGAUACUAUCAAUGCAAUCUUGGUUUUAAUAA